AUGUCACUGAAACGAAUCGUGUACUUCUUAACUCCAAAUGAUCCUCGUCUUAGUUGCUCAUGUUUCACAUAUUUUAGUCACAUUUUCCAACAAGCAUUGUUGCCGCCACAGGUCAGCUACGGGGCCAACCAUCCCAGCAACAGCAUUUCAGCCGUAAGCCCAUCCUCCACCUCGCCGAGUCAUGCUGACCUCGAGCCCCGGUGCAAAGACGUCACCGCAGACCAUUUCAUCAACAGACGGUGUCUUCCGGCAACUCCUCCCGACUCCUGCAGCCACGCGAAUUCGGCCCAGAAACAGUCGACACUUUUCGCUGCACCCGUUUCCUGGGCUGCUGCUUCGUCUUCUUUUGCUUCCUCUUCUUCCCACUCCGCCUCCGCUUUGGUGCCCACUUCCACUUGCGCAUCCUGUUCCGUCUCCUCACCCUCGCUGACCUCAGUCGGGCUGCCGUCUAGAAGAAUCAGCCGACCGGAUACCACGCCAUCCGCCUCGUGGAGGCAUGACUCGGUGCAAGUUCGUCCCAAACCCACGAGCCGACUGACAGGUCUACCGUCUUGGCGGUUGUCAGGGCAGGAAAUGCCAGAAGCGGAUGGUUCAGGGAAGAAGAAGAAGGGAGCAGACGCUUCUCGCGCCUUCCGAUGCUUGAGCCUGCACAGACAGUCAUCGAGGUCCGAAGAGGGUUUCGGUGGCCAGGGUUCUCCUGGCGACGCCUCCACAACCGCCGACUGCACUUGCAGCCCGACCGGUUGCCAGCCGGUCAGCCGGUCCGAAUGGUGGCCGCCGCAGAAACGGCCUCCGCGACAGUCGAGCGAGCGGCAGCAACAAGCACUUUCGCAGCCGCCAACUCAACGGUUGAUCUGCGGUCGGGAUGGUAUCGCUUCGCGCCAUUUCGUGGCGCCACUAACGCCCUGGCCAGUCUCACUUGCCGCAGGACGGGUAGGCUACGGUUUAAUCGAAAUGCUCAAAGGCAUUCACUUUGCGAGAAAACACUAUUCAAUCCUUUUGCAAGCAUCAAUUUGGAGAGAAGUUUUUUCUGUUCAAUUUUUGCCAUCGAAUUUACGAGAAAGCUUCGCUUUUUAA